GAGGACCCUGUUCUGGAACGUUAUUUUAAAGGCCACAAAGCUGCUAUCACCUCGGUGGACUUUAGCCCCAAUGGCAAACAACUGGCUACUACUUCUUGGGAUACAUUUCUCAUGCUAUGGAAUUUCAAGCCACAAGCUAGAGCCUUCAGAUUUGUAGGUCACAAGGACGUUGUAACCAGCGUGCAGUUUUCUCCAGUUGGACACUUACUGGCAUCUGCCUCACGAGACAGAACCGUUAGACUCUGGAUUCCUGAUAAGAAGGGGAAAUCUUCUGAAUUUAAAGCUCACACUGCCCCUGUUCGGAGUGUGGACUUUUCGACUGAUGGCCAGUACCUCGUUACAGCUUCUGAAGACAAAUCUAUCAAAGUAUGGAAUAUGUGCCGCCAGCGCUUCUUAUACUCCUUGUACCGCCAUACGCACUGGGUACGCUGUGCUAAAUUCUCACCUGAUGGAAGACUAAUUGUAUCAUGCGGUGAAGAUAAAACUAUCAAAAUUUGGGAUACCACAAAUAAGCAGUGUGUUAAUAACUUCUCCGAUUCUGUAGGGUUUGCAAAUUUUGUAGCUUUUAACCCUAGUGGUACAUGCAUCGCUUCUGCAGGCUCUGAUCAUACCGUGAAAAUCUGGGAUAUAAGAGUGAACAAAUUACUCCAGCAUUAUCAAGUUCACAGCGGCGGAGUGAAUUGCUUAUCAUACCAUCCUUCUGGUAACUAUCUCAUCACUGCUUCAUCAGACGGCACACUUAAGAUUCUGGAUCUCUUAGAAGGAAGACUCAUAUAUACACUUCAAGGACAUACGGGACCUGUCUUUGCUGUGUCAUUUUCAAAAGCUGGGGAGCUGUUUGCAUCAGGUGGUGCAGAUGCACAGGUCUUACUUUGGAGGACUAACUUUGAUGAACUGAGUUAUAAAGACCUUAUUAAGAGAAAUCUUAAAAGAUUUCAUUUUGAUUCACCACCACAUCUUCUUGACAUCUACCCAAGAUCACCACAUCACCAAGAUGGAAAAAUUGAGAGUGUUGAAAUUAACCCAAAACUAGAUAUAAUCGAUAUGCAGACUUCAAAUCCUCCAGUUGUUGAUGUCAUUUCUUUUGAUUCUACCACAACAACAGAAACCACCUUCAGAACCCCGCCAGACAAGAGUGAAGAGAUCAACGGGUGUUUUCUGAACCCUCUGUUAAUACCAUCAGACAGUUCACCAGUAAACGUGAAAAAGAAAGUAGACGACAUAAACGACCUUCCCUUCGAGAGCCAGCGAAGCAUACCAAUGGCGGUGACUGAUGCAUUAGAACAUAUCAUGGAACAGCUCAAUGUUUUGACCCAGACAGUUUCCAUUUUGGAGCAGCGACUGACUUUGACAGAAGAUAAGCUGAAAGACUGCCUUGAAAAUCAGCAAAAGCUUUUCACUAUCUCCCAGCAAAGAAGCUGA